ACGAGCCACCAACGAAAUAGCUGGCCCAACCCGGAUUCGCAGAGGGGUGAUCAAUAUAGAUCAUUUCGGUCUCUGUGCGUAGCGCCUAGCGGAAUUUAAGUACCCUUGAUGAGGACAGCUCCCCUCCGGCCCAUUCUUUGAAGAAAGGGGAGAGUCGAAGUUAUCACAUCACAAGUCUGCAGUAGGCCUAGCAUAAUUCUAAAAACGCACAGUGGGAGUGGACGUGGGUAGGGGUGUGUGGCACGAGUUUUUCCCAGUCGUGGAUAGUUACAUGACGAAUAUUGUGCGGUGUGGUAAGCUACCAAAAGCAUCGACGAGAGAUGGCGGAAUGUGGGAGGAAGGCGCUGUCAGUCCUGGAGGCGGCUCGCUCCCGCUACGAGAGCUUGCAGAUCUCAGAUGAUGUUUUUGGGGAAUCGGGAGAUGACAGCAGCGACAAUCCUUUUUACAGCACUUCGGGUGACUCGAAUUCGGAUAACUGCUGCAUGGAGGCCGGCGACGAUCAAAGGGCAGGUGAGACUGGGAAUUGCCAAAGCGGAGGUCCACCCGGCUCGGUGUCAAAAAUUCAAGCAGAGGAGGAUGGAUGGAGCGACACACUGCAAGAUAUCACGGUGGCCCCAUACAACGAGACAUAUGGCCCUACCCAGAGAAUGCCAGCCACAGCCACUUGCAUGGACUUCUUCCAGCUCUUUGUGCCUGACAACGCCAUCCAGAACAUGGUGACGCAGACCAACAUGUACGCCAAGAAGUACCAGGAGCGCUUCGGCAGCGACGAGGGCUGGCGAAAUGUGACUGCAGCCGAGAUGAAGGCCUUCCUGGGCUUCGUGACUUCCACCAGCGUUCACCGCUGUGAGUCAGUGCUCAGCAUCUGGAGCAGCGGCUUCUUUAGCAACCGCAGCAUCGCACUCAAGAUGAGCCAGGUGCGCUUCGAGAAGAUCCUCAAGUACUUCCACAUCGUGGCCUUCCGCUCCAGCCACGGCAGCCAUGGCCUCUACAAGAUCCAGCCCUUCCUGGACUCACUGCAGCAGUCGUUCGGCUGCAGCACCUUCCGCCCCUCGCAGACUCAGGUGCUCCAUGAGCCCCUGAUUGACGAGGACCCGGUGUUCAUCAACACCUGUACGGAGAGAGAGCUGAGGAAGAGGAGGAAGAGGAAGUUCAGUCUGUGGGUCCGCCAGUGCACCUCCACUGGUUUCAUCUGUCAGAUCUAUGUGCAUCUGAAGGAGGGCCAGGGUCCUGAUGGGUUGGCUACCCUGAAGAACAAGCCUCAGCUCCACAGUAUGGUGGCCAAACAGCUGUGUCAGAACCUCUCAGGCCGCAACAGCAUCAUCUUCACCGGGCCCAGCAUCACCAGCCUCAACCUGUACCAGGAGUUUGAGAAACAGGAGAUUUACUGCUGUGGGCUGCUGAGCACCAGGAAGAGUGACUGCACCGGCCUGCCCCAGUGCAUGCUGGUGAACCCUGAGAGCCCCCAGCAGAGGGGCCAGUCCCGCAGCAUGAUGAGAGGCAACACCUCCCUCAUCAGCUGGUACAACAAGGGACACUUCCGCUUCCUUACCAACGCCUACUCACCUACCAAGGAAGGGGUGAUCAUCAAGAGGAAAAGUGGUGAGAUUCCCUGUCCGCUGGCUGUGGAGGCCUUCGCUGCACACCUCAGCUACAUCUGCAAGUAUGACGACAAGUACAGCAAGUAUUUCAUCUUCCACAAGCCCAACAAGACGUGGCAGCAGGUGUUCUGGCUGACCAUCAGCAUCGCCAUAAACAACGCCUAUAUCCUGUACAAGAUGUCCGAUGCCUACCACGUCAAGCGCUACAGCCGAGCGCAGUUUGGAGAGAGGCUGGUGAGGGAACUGCUGGACUUAGAUGACUGCUCCCCCACCCAGUGAGGCGACCACAUAAUCUUUAUAAUAUACACCCACAUACUGUACCCACCCACACACACACACUGUCACGUCUCACACGAACGCACACACACACUGUCACG